GAGAACCGCCAUUGUUUCUUCAGAUCAGAAAUCUAUCACGCCGCUAGAACUCUCGACAUUGAUCACGCAAGUGUCAUUAACGGCGGAAGGGCAGGGCUCGCCCCUGCGGAGAUUUAGAACUUCUCUGCUUGGAUAAGAAGCAAUGGCAUCUCGCUUACAACUUCCAGUGGAUGAGUCAGUUCUUUUACGUCUAACUCAUUCUAAUCUCAAGACAUUUUCAGCUGAUGCUAGAUUCUCACUCGAGAGCACAAUAGAAGCUGUUAAAGACAAAAUAUGGAAAAAAUGUGGCACUGCUGUUACUUCAAUGUGUCUUGAACUAUAUGAUGAGUCUGGUGCUAAAGUAUCAGACCUAAGUGAUAAUUCGAGACCUCUUGGCUUCUAUUCUCCACUAGACGGAUAUCGCGUGCAUGUAAUAGAUCUUGAUCCAUCAUCUGUAACAUCUGGUGGUUGGCUGGAGGAUACUUCACUGGUGGAGAAAUACAAGAUUUCUGAUGAAGCAUAUGACAAACUUGAUGGUACAUACAGAAAGUUUAAGGAGAAGCUUGUACCUCAAAGUAGUUCUGCUCAGGGAUCUAAAAUAAAUGAUGAUUAUAUGAAAGAAAUUUGUGCAAAUACCAAGGUCGGAGAUAGGUGUCAAGUUGAACCAGGGGAAAAAAGGGGUGUUGUGAAAUUUGUGGGUAGGGCGGAAACACUUGGACCUGGCUUCUGGGUUGGAGUUCAAUAUGAUGAACCAUUGGGCAAACAUGAUGGCAUGGUGAAAGGGACAAGAUUCUUCAAGUGCCCCCCACUCCACGGUGCCAUGGUUAGACCCGACAAAGUAAAGGUUGGAGAUUAUCCUGAACGAGAUCCCUUUGAAGAAGACGAAAUAUAAGAGCGAUCUCAGUACACACCAUUUCCGAACUGGUCUUGAUGGUUGACUGGUUGGGUAUGGACUCAUUGCAUGUGUCCACCUUUUUAUUUUUGGAGACAUCAUGUUUUUGUAACAAAGUUAUAAGAUCUUGCAUUCCAUGAGCCUUUUGAACCAUCUGAACAUUUGUUUCACAUUGUGAAUCUAUCGAUCGAUCGUGUUAUCAAAAAAUCUUAUUACU